CGCUACUACAGGCUUUCCUCGUUCUGAACCUACUCGGAGGACAGAGCUACUUGGGUUUGACAUUGACUCGUCUUGUGCACUCCCAGCACACCUGCUUGCGCGCUCUCGAGACCUUUUCUCGGCGGCGUCACCUGAAUUGUCUGCCGUUGCAUGUCAUCCGGCGCAAACUCUGACUACUCCACAUACCUCUACUCGGACUCAGAGUCGUCGUCGUCGUCGUCGCAGCAACAGGGUUCGAUCGGUGGAGACUCAGUCCAGCUCGGCAUCUUCCCUGCGUCGCAGACCGCGGAGCACUCGUCGUCGUACUCGACCGUCGCCCCGCCCAGCUACAAGAACGCGUCAGCCGUUCCCGGCGCUGCUUCCGUAGCGCAAAUGGAGACUGGCGGAACGACUAGCGCCGUCGCGCGCAAGGAGCGGGCAUGGUAUGCAUCGUGGCGCGGAUGGGCCGCCUGUGGGUGCGUCCUUUUUGCCCUCAUCGUCCUCAUCCUCAUCGCCACCAUUCCCAACGGCUUCCAGUACGUUGAGUGGAACGAGUACGUCCUCAUGCGCGGCGUUCAUCCGCACAACGCCGGCGUCAAGACCAACAAGGUCUACUCCAACGGCCGCUACUGGACUGGAACCGGGUACGACCAGCUCAAGUACCCGCGGACCUUCAACACCAUCGUGUACAAGGAGGGCUCGCCAUCAGGCACCAUUCUGGCCUUUACCGACUCGGGCAUCGAGUUUUCCAUCGAGUGCUCGUACCUGUACUGGAUCAUUCCGGAGCAGAUCCCGCUGCUGUACUCGCUCUAUCCGACCUCGUACCACUCGCGCAUCGCCGCCCUCGGCCUGCGCGCUCUCAAGAACGUGGCGCCGAACUACUCGCUCCGUCAGUACGUGACCAACCGCGAUGAGAUCCAGCUCGCCAUGUACAACUCGCUCGCUUCCGAGCUUGCUUCUCUCUGUGGCAAUGUGCCGUGCGUCGAGAUCCGCGGCCGCAGGCACUUUCAGCUCCGUCGCGCGGUUGUCCCGUCGCAGAUUCGCUCGACCUGGCUCAACGCCGCCGUUCAGAACCAGGUCAACAUCAAGCAGGAGGCCGAGCAGGUCCGUGUCCUUGUCGUCAAGGAGACCGAUCGCCUCCGCGCCGAGAUCUCGGCAAACAUCACCCUCGUCAACACCUCGGCAGCCGCAGAGGCCCACCGCAUCCGCACCUCGGCUGUCGCCGAGGCCGAUCGCAUCCGCGCAGAGGCCAACGCAGAGGCCUUCCGCAUCCGCGAGCAGGCCAAGGGCUCCGGCAUCCAGUCUGUUCUCACCGCCCUCAACAUCUCUGACUCGGAGGGCACCCGCGAGCUCCUCUCACUCCUCACCGUCAUGGACUCGACCAACACCGACGUCAAGAGCCUCUACCAGUCGACCUCCGUCUUCUCAGAUCCAUCCACUCGCGUCAUUCUCGGCGCCAGCAAUGCCGUGGUAUCCGUAUGAGUUCUGCCGUCAAUCCAGCUUGCUGCCAGCGCGCAAUGGCGGCGACCGAUGAUGGCAUCGGGCUGACGCCAAGCUGGAUAAGUUUGGGCCACCCGCUUGCUCACCUUAAAACUGCCGCGUCUGACCGA